AGCCACAACUCCCAACUCAGUCUCCAGAAUCCUCUGAGGAGGUUAGUGAUCUUCCUCCAUUAGGAGAUAGCAUAUCAUUUUCACCUCAAGAUCUAGAAAUAAUGUUUAGAAAGCAGCAUCCAAAUUUGCAAGAAACCACAGUUAACCAUGUGGAUGAGAUUACUGUGACUCCACAGACCACUGUGGAGUUUGAACCCAUUCCAGUCCAGCAGGACACCCAAAACCCUACAGAUGCCACUGAACAACUUGAAUUUUCUCCGACCCAGUCUAGUUCCCCUUCCCAGACUCUAAAAUUCCUGGAAAAUAUCGAAUCUUUUCCAGGCCAGCCAGAGCCCAUAGCUCUGCCUUCUCCAGCCCAGCCACAUCCCAUGGUUCAGACUUCUCCAGGCCAGCCACAGCCCACAGCUCAACCUCCAGUGCCUUAUGAGAUGACAGUUCCAUUACUAAGUCAGGAUGAAUCUCAGUAUUCAAUGUCCAGUGUCACAAUUCAACCUUUGGAUCUGGAGCUCCCCAUAACCUCCAAACCCACUACAAAGGUUAAAAAUUCUCCACCUGUGAAGAAGACUAGAACUCCUCCUCCAAAGCCCCAUCAAGUGACACUUCCACAUCCAGUCCAGGUACAGGCUCAGCAUCCAGGUCUGACUGAAGGCACAAUUCAACCUGUGGAUCUCCAACUUAGCAUAACUGUACAACCUAUUACUGAAGAUGAGCCUUCUCCAGCCAUGCAAGAGACCCCAGUUCAGCUUACAGAGCCCCCUAUGGAGGUUGUACCUCAAUUCCCAGUACAACAGGAGAUGACAGUUCCGAUACCAGGUCAGGAUGAAGUUCAGUACCCAACAUCACCCAGUGUCACAUUUCAACCUUCAGACCUGGAAUUAACCAUAACUACAGAAACCACCACAGGAGCUGACCUUUCUCCCGUCGUGCAGGAGACCUCAACUCAGCCUCCAAAGCCAGCUGCAGAGACUAAAAUUCAGCCUUCAACAUCAGGUCAAGAUCAGGCUCAGCGUCCAACGUUGGCAGUUACAGAGGCAAAUAACACCACAACUCCUCCUCCACAGCACCCUGAGGUGACACCUCCACAUUCAGAACAGCUUCAGUCUGGUCUGGAACGUACCACUAUUGCACAUUCUGUAAAUCCCACCACAGAAAGUGCUCUAACUGUGCAAACGGAACCGAAUGCCACCCCGUACACCAACAUAUGUGAGCUCUGUACCUGUCGAGAUGAGUCACUGUUGUGUGUUGGUCUCAGCCCAACGCAGAAGCUCCACCGAGUGCCUGUGCCGAAGCCCAACACCUACAAGAAGGUCCUCACCACCCUAAAUUUCCAUGGAAACGCUAUUGAUUACAUUGACAAAAAUACAUGGAAAGCCUAUCGUUGGACUGAGAAACUAAUUCUCAGUGAAAAUCGCCUGACUGAAUUACGUAAGGAUUCAUUUGAAGGCCUGCUGUCCCUCGAGUAUUUAGAUUUAUCCUGCAAUAAAAUACAGUAUAUUGAAAGACGGACAUUUGAAUCACUACCUUUUUUGAAAUUCGUAAUUCUCAGUCGUAAUCCUCUGACAACUGUUGAAGAUUCCCAUCUUUUUAAAUUGCCAGCAUUAAAGUAUCUGGACCUGGGAAAAACACAAGUGCGACUUGCGACACUUGAGAACAUCCUCCUGAUGACUCUUAAGUUGGAAAAACUGAUCUUACCUCGGCAUAUGGCCUGCUGCCUCUGCCAAUUUAAAUAUAAUAUUGAAUUUGUCUGCAAGACAGUCAAGCUGCAUUGUGACAAUGAAUGUCUGACAAACACCAUACAUUGUGUUGAAGAAGCAUCUAUAGGAAAUACAGAAGGAAAAUUCAUGAAGGUGUUACAGACCCGGAAGAAGAGCACAAGCACCGAGCUGACUAUUGAACCAGAAAGGGGAUAUGAGGACCAAAAUAGUGUCAGCUUUUCUGGCUUCAUAAAUGAGCAGCCAGCCUUUAAUGAUGAAAGUGAUCUCAUUAGUGCACUAAAUUACAUAUUGCCAUUUUUCUCGCAGGGAAAUCUGGAAGAGGCAGAAUCAAAAUUGUUACCAUUCAUUAAGCUGCUUUUUUCCAAUGUGUUAAAUGGAAAUAAUUCUCCUGAUAAUUUGAAAAAUAAUAUAAGAAGACCCACUCUUAAGCCUUCUUCAAACAACUUAGCUUACAAAAAUAAAUUGAACAAGCUCUAUUUUCUGGAAAAUGUGUUAGAUGCAGAAAUUCAGGAAAAAAUUGAUGAAGUUAAAGAGAAAGAAAAAGCAGCCAUGUUUAUGCAGCCCAGCCUUUUAGGUCCCAAAUCUAAACGCCAAAUCUUUCAAAGGAAAAUGGACACUGCCCAACCAGAGGAAAACAGCCUGGCAGAGUCUGCAGAGAAAAGGCUGCAGAGGGUGAACAGAGUCCUCAAGGGGCCAAAAGGCACACAGAAAAGGCCCUUCAAGGAAGUGAGGAAACAGAGCAUCUGGGAGAAGCAGAGUGCCCCACCUCUUGUGGAGACUAUUGCUGCAGAAAGGAGGGAUAAGAGACCACUAAGGGAGCUGGAGCAGCUUCACAUGGUCCAGGAGCCCAGGAUAUCAGAGGAGUUCACCUUCCAAACAGAGCCCUCACUCACAAAAGAACAGAAGGCAACGGUCUCUUCUCUCCUAAUUCCAUACUCAGUGUCCACCACUGCAAAACCACUCCCUGAGGUCAGAAAUAAAGCAAAAGACUUAACCUACACCAUGUUUGUUUUAGAAGAUGCAAAUGCUAGAGUUAGAAACAUGCAGGCUUCUAAACCAAGCACAAAUGACCAAAAAAAUCACCUUCAUCAAACAGGCUCUCAUGUGCUCCAUAGAAUACCCAAAUCCAGAAAGAAAAAGUCACACUUGAACGUGCUGCUUGCACACAGGCCUCCAUUCUCUGCCGUGAGAAACCUCAUAAGUUCCCCUUCACGAAGGUCCUUUUCAUCUUUGCGAGACCUGAGUUCUCAGAACAACCCGUUUUCAGAAUUAAAUGUUUUUUCAGAACCUGUUAUAGAGGACACGCCUAUACAAAAGCAGACUGAAGGAAGUGCUCUUAUGGCAAACACGGAUGAGCCAGAAGAUACUCUCUCUGAAGCCACAAACCAGGAAAAUGCUGCUGAUGCAGAUUCCAGUGUGGGUGCAUUUGAUGAAAUACCAACUGUGAAACAAACCAGUGAGAUACACUGGGAAUACCCCAGCAUGGGCACUGACUCACCCACCAAAGAUGUCCUUAGCACAUUGGUACCCCUGGCUGAUCAUCUUCUAUCGAAGCUAAUCCAGCAGCUUCCGUCCCUCAUCCCCAACAGUGAUGUGAGAGCACUUCUUUCUCGUAUGAUUAGGACCUUGGGAAUUGACUGCUCUGAUCCUGAUGUGCAGGCAGUCUGUUCUAAAUUCAUCCUCAGAACAGGCUACCUGAUGAAAGUUCUCAGUACACAGCAAGAAGCCAGUACAUCCAGAACUGACUGGGAUACAGACCAGUGGAAAACAAAGGACUACAUCAGUGACAACACAGACGUUCAGAGUAAACAGAAGGGGCAGGAAUCAAGUGAGUUUACAGAAGAAGUUCCAGGAUCUGGUUAUAACAACAAGUCUCUUGGCAGGAUCUUGGCCACAGUACUGAUGAUUUUGAUAAUUAUCUGUAUCAUUGAGAUUUAUUCCCACAGACGAACAACAGAGGAUGAUAGAGAAGGCUCCUCAAGGGGCUUUUUCGCAUUUCUGCGCAGGAGAUACCCAACAGAAAGUGAGAGUCAGGAGGGCUUCCUUUGCUUAAGGCAGCCACUCUGGCUUAGGGAUAUGUACAGACCUCUCAGUGCCACCCGGAAGAAAAAUAUGGCCCAGAAGCUACAUGACAAGGACUCUUCUGAUGAGGAUGAGAUUUUCAAUAAAGAUGCAGGGGAGCUCACUGAAGUCAUCGUAGACAGUUCUGGAUCUUCAGGAGAAAAAGGCUUGAAUGAUUCUCCCAGGGAGCUCAGCGAAGUCGUCAUAACAAUUCCAGCACAGGCAGAUUCAGCCCGAGGGUGAGAAGAGGGAACUGGCUGAGGUGCUCUCCACUCAGCCCAUACAGUGAUGCCCAUCCCGCCUCAGAAACUGGCAAAUUUUUGUUUGACACUGCUUGUCAACACUUAUUAUUCUCAUUAAAAUGUGUAAAAUUUCUAACUCAUUCUAUCCAUGUAGUAAGAAAUUAAAACCUAAAGAGUUAAAUAAUGUAUGUGCAAAUAACAAGGACACAGGCAGGAAAACUAGAACUGAUGCUGGACUCCUUUGUGGCAGUCACGCUUCUGGAAGAAGCAGUGUAGACAGAGAAGAGAGCUUCCUGCCUUAGCUCCCCCAGUUUAAUCAUCCUCGGGGAAUCAGAAAACACAUCUACAACGGAUGCGGAGUUUUAAGUCAAAUCCCAGUUGUUCUCUUGCCCUUUCCUCUGUUCAUCAAGAACCAGUCAUUUCCGAGGUGUCUGACCCCCUGCCCCCUGGAGACCAUACACCUUGUAGAACUUCUCACUUGGUGUUGGGGACACUAGAAUAUCUAGAUCAGUGAGCCUACUGCACUGUGGGGCCAGGUCUUGUGGGUUUUUUUCCCAAGCCCUCAAACUAUUACAUGAGUAUGUAGCCUGUCUUAGAAGUGUUCUCCACUUUGACAAAUGGGUAGAAAAUUGACCUUAGUUUGUUUUUCUUUUAAAACUAUUGACCCUGCCAGG